CGCGGCUCCGCGGCCCGGGGCAGCGGCGGGGGCAGCGUCCGGCGGUGGGGCGGCGGACGGACCGACCGACAGACAGACAGACCGACCGACGGGCCGGCGCGGGUGCCUGCGGCCGCCAUGGAGGUGUGCGAGAGCGGCGGGGAGCAGCCGCCGCUGCUGCACUGGGACCGCAAGCUGAGCGAGCUGUGCGAGCCCGCGGACCCCGAGACGCUGCUGAGCCGCACGCACUUCACAGAGUUCCUGGAUGAAUUUUCACCUGAUGUCCUAGGCCAGCUGUUGAAUGAUCCCUUCUUGUCUGAGAAGAAUGAAAUCAUGGAGGUGGAACUGUCUCCAGCAUCCCCAGCACCCCUCAUCCAGGCUGAGCACAGCUAUUCUCUCUGUGGGGACUCCCGACCCCAGUCUCCCCUGACCCACAUCUCCACUGAUGACAACUUUAAUGAAGGUGACCUGGAAAAUGAGGAAUGGUGUCUGGCUACAGAGUUUACUCCAGCUGCAAUAAAGACUGAGCCAGGGCUUUGUGAGACAUCAGGCCUUGCUCCCUCAGUCAGUCUCACCGUCACGGCCACGUCGCUGGAGGGGGAACAGCCUGAGCUCCAGACAGAUGCCCUGAUGAAACCACUGACCCAGAAAGUUCUUCCAGAGAUUAAAUUGGAACCCCAUGAAGUGGAUCAGUUCCUGAACCUCUCUUCUAAGGAAGCAGUGGAUCCCCUGCAUUUGCCUCCCACCCCUCCGAGCAGCCACGGCAGUGACUCUGAGGGAGGGCAGAGCCCGGCUCGGUCGCUCCCUCCUUCCAGCCCAGUGCAGCUCCAGGCCACGGCCAAGGUCGCGUCGCGCGCAGCUUCGAUGCUCUCCAAUUCCCCUCUCCUGACUGCGCCACAUAAAUUACAGGGCACUGGCCCCCUCAUCCUGACAGAGGAAGAGAAGAGGACACUGAUAGCAGAGGGCUACCCAAUCCCUACCAAACUGCCCCUGACAAAAGCAGAGGAGAAGGUUCUAAAGAAAAUCCGCAGGAAAAUCAAAAACAAGAUCUCUGCCCAGGAAAGUAGAAGAAAAAAGAAAGAAUACAUGGACAGUCUGGAAAAAAAAGUUGAGACCUGCUCAAAUGAAAACAGUGAGCUGCGUAAGAAGGUUGAAGUCCUGGAGAACACUAACAGAACACUUCUGCAGCAGUUGCAGAGACUCCAAGCCAUGGUUGCUGGCAAAGUGUCCCGCUCGUGUAAGGCAGCUAGCACACAAACAGGGACCUGUCUCAUGAUGGUGGUGCUGUGCUUUGCAGUAGUUUUUGGCAGCUUCUCUCAGAGCUAUGGGCCAUAUCCUUCUGCUACAAAGAUGGUGUUGCCCAGGCAGCAUUCCUCACCAGAGUCCUACACAGAUUCCAUUGUGAGGUCAAGGAGCCUCCUAAUUUAUGAAGAGCCUCAACAGCUGGAGGAGCCAUCCAGCGCGAUCUCCUUCGCAGAUCGCAGUGACAGACAAACAGACACCUCCAAGUUCACGGCACUGUCCCUGGAAGCUGUGCCAGGGACACCGCAGGAUGAAAUCAUGCAGUUCACAAUAGCCAACGAGACAAGGCUGGAGAAAUCAGUGCUGCUGGGCCUGCAGCAGCGCAGAGUCAACUCAGAACUAGAAGGAAAUGAGACACUGAAGAUAAUUGAAAUAGACAGAAGAGUCAAUGCCACCUCUUAAAAAUAAAAAAGGCCUUUUUUCUUGACUUCCCUCCUUCCCACAUAUUUUCAACCAAAGUUCCCCUGACUUGUCAUCCUCAGUGAACCAAAGUACAAAAGAGAGGGAGUUCAACUUCUGCAUUGACUGAUGGGGCUGUGACUACAGAUGGGAUCUCUUGUCUUUGUAACUCCCUUCCUCACGUUGCACACAGUCCCUGUCUCUGCUUUUAUCCCUUUCCUGUCUAACACUGCAAGGGCAGCACUGAAUUAUGAUGGCAGAUGAUGCCAGCAGUGUGCCAGUGACUGUGUGUGCCUGUACAGGCACACAGCCUGAUCUGAGCACAAAGACAUUCUGGAGAAGGGUGAAUUGUGCAAAACCAAUGGGAGCAUGUGGGUGAUGGUUUUCUUGGGAGAAGGUAAUGGAGAGAGAGAGGAGAUGCAGCAUGAUGGUGCUUAGAGUCUCACCACAGCUGUGUGCCUGCUGGUCUACAGCCCUUGAGCCUUUUGGGGGGAUGGAGAAGCACGUGUGCAGCCUGCUGCUGAGGGGACAAGAAAGAGCCCUGACACUGCUGAGUUCACAGCACAGGCAGGAGAGGGCUGGUGAUGCUGCUGAAUUGUCCUCCCCGUGCUCUUUCCCUUCUCCCCUCCAGUCUCUUCAUCACUUAGCAGGGUAGGUUUAUCUGUGCAUUGAAAACAGUCCUAGUGGGCUUCCCUGCUUCCACCCUUGAGAAAUUAAGCAAAGAUCAGUCACUGUCUUACCACACACUGUGUGGGAGAAUUACACUAGUUUAACUAAAUCUGUUUAGAAAGCAGGUUUUGUUACAUUUAUGCAAUAUUUUAGAUGGAUGCCCUUUAGUCUGCUUAAGGCUAAUCUAUUUAGCUUAAGUCAGUUCCUUCCCAAAAAACUAAAUCAAUGUAAGGCUUAAACCAGAAGUGCCUCCUGAGAGGACUGUAUGGAUUUAAUUUAUUGGCUUCUAGCUGGUUGAUGAAAAUUCUCGUGUAGACCUGAUCUCAGAUUGUCUUGUGUUUUCCUUUCCUUGCCAUCUUCCUGUUACUGUUGUAAAUAGUAUUUAUUAGCUUUGAAACAUUCUGUUCAGGUAGUUGCAAUGAAGAGAACUGAGCUUUCCUAACCCUGCAGGUGAUCUGGGCAGACCCUGAAAUUGGACAGACAGACAUCACUGAAUGCCCAUUUCCUCCCCUUAAACUUGAAUUGUCCUAAAAUAAAGCCAGGUGUCUUGUUUUCCUCUUACCUGCUUUUCCAGAGAUGUGGUCUGAGACCAGCUGCUUUGGGUACAGAUAGGCCAGCCCAUGCCUAGAGGUGGUGGCUCCUGUAUUAACUGUCUGCCAAGGCAGCCUCUGAUCUGAGGAGCUGAUUACAUGGGCAGGAGACCUGUCAAAAGAGGAAUGAGAUGAGCACGUGGGGAGGUGAAGUGACUGGCCCAGGCUCACUGAGAAAGCCAAGAGCAGCAUUCAGGUCUGAUCCUGGUCCAGUACUCUUCUCCAUGCUUUGUUCCUUCUUGUCCCAUGGUGUACUUCAUGUGCCCUCUCUCUCUCAGUACCCUGGUCAUGCCUUUGCCUGAGCUGUGCUUCUUGCAUUUUGUCCUUGCAGGGGCAUCGUUGAACUCGGUCCAGAAUUUGAGCAGGGUUUUAUCUGGUUCCUACAGAAGGGCACUCAUGCUCCAUUGAGGAUGGAUGUAAUGUGAAAAUCCUGAUUCAGCAGGCUAGCAGAACUACUUAACAGUUUACCAGAAGAAGUCAAUUAAAAAAAAACAGAAGUAAUUUGAAGCUCUUUUUUCUUUUUUUUUUUUCUAAUGAUAAAUAAGGGAAAAAACUAACCUAGCCUUACAAAUAAUUUUUUACUAUGUACAGUAGAUAUUUCUUGCAACUAUUCUAUUUUGUAAAAUAUUGAAUUUGUAUUUUAUUACAGCAGCUGUCGCACCAGCUCCUUUCUUGUUCUUCAUUCUCCUUAGACUUUCUUCCUUCAGCAUCCUAUUUGCCACUCUCAGGCCUGACUCAAAAUCCAGUGAAAUGAAUGGAAGGGAUUUGGUGGAUUGGAGGGGACUGUGGAUCAGUCCCCCCUGUGCCAUUUUAAGAGGGUGUUUCACAUCAGUGACAGUGAAACAAGUGCCUGACUCCAUGGGCUCAUUCUGGUGUGCAGAUUGGCUGUUCUAGGUAAUGCUCUAUUCUACCCAAGUGCCUUAUUAUUUUACCUGAGGUGACAAUGAGAGGAGAAAUGCUGUUGUAGUCUGCUUUGCAAGUGUUCCCAUCCUGGCAUGGGUCAGCCUCCAGCAUAAAGUCUGUUUCCCUUCACGGUGAUCCUGCUGGGUUCACUGCAUCAUUCCAGUAUCCAUUAACAACUUUUGUAUUUGGCUUUUUUAAAAAAUAGUUAAAAGCUUCACAUGAACAGUGAUCACUUGUGGGUGCCACAAGGGAUGGCUGCGUUGCUCAGCCACUUGAGGUCAGCAAAGUGACAGGAGAAAGCUGGGAUUGACCCCAACUGGUCAGCAUAAGUGGCCAAGGUCAUAGUUUAGAAAAUUCCCUAAAUGGUAAUUUUUUUUCCAGAGCAGCCUUGGUUUGCUGCCUUUGAGGGCUACCAAGUGGUUGAGUGUUCUGCAGAAGAGGCCCCAGGGUGUGAAGCACAGCCCCACUUACCAGCCUUGCAGUUUGCAGUGUGCAGCCUGAGCUCCUGCCCAUUGCCAGCUAAAUGGAUCACCUCCCAUUUCAGAUACAGCUGGCUGACUUCACUGUGUGAAAACCUAAGUGGAAUUAUUUCUCAGCUCUUAAAGGAUAGAUGAUUUUGCACAACCAAAAUAGCUCCUCCUCUCUGAAGCCUACUGCACUGGCAACCAUUAAAACUUUGCCCUUUUUUUGGUUUCAUUUGGGCAUACUGGUUCAAAUCUGGUUGGAAGAUAAUCAAUCAUGUUUUCAUCCUGAGCAUUUUAAACUGGCCAUGGUCUGGGUCAGGGCUCCGUACUAAUCCAUCCAAGCCAGUAUGGCCAUUCUGAUUUCUUGUAAGUAUUUGAUAAUCUAUUACUAUAAUCUUAAUUUGUGUACUCCUUUAAGUUAUUUUUAGGUACUCUUUUUUAGGGAAUCUCUUGACCUAGCACACACAUUGCUUGGGGAUUUAUUGUAUUACACGUUAUUUUAUAAUAAGGAAAAGCUUUGCUUCACUUUGCUAUGUUUGUGAUCAUUUUUCUUCAGGGGCCUUAAAUAGAACAGGUUUCUCUGCCAGGGGCCCAGGAAUCCCCUGCCAUCACCUACUCACAGGCUGUUGUGUGGCAAGGACCCACGAUCUCCAGAGGGGCUUUGUGUCCCUGGUCUGUGCCUAGCAGGGGACAGGAGAGGCAGGACAAGGUGCCAUUGCACUGCCAGCCUCAGCAUGCAGGGGUGGGAAUGUUGAUGCACUGCAGACCACGUGGAGAGGCAGCUUCUGUGCUCUGGGUUAAGGGCAUAGGAGUAGUGAGGCAUAUUCAGGGAGGGUGCCAGUAAGUGCUUUUGGUCAGUUCAGCUCUAUUACUUGAGGCCUGAGCCCUCUGCCAUUGUGCUUUUUCUGCUGAUCAGUGACUUGGUGCUGUGGAAUCAGAUGUGUGUGUAUGGACAGGGUAAGCAAAGGCCUUACAUAAUUUCCAUUUCCAGUAGAGGACUUAAGUGAUAGACUUAAGAGUUCUCAGCUGUAAGGUUAUGUUGCUCACCAGCACAAUUUUAUACACAGUAGUAAACUUCCCUUUUGGCCUGUAGCUUUAGAGCAUGUUUAGAUCUGUUUGGUCUUUGCUUCUAGGGAGAUAAGCUAUGAAGGAAUAUAGGGCAUUAUUUUAUAUAUAUAUAUAUUUAAAAAGUCUGAAUCACAGGAUGCGUGACGUUUCUAACCUUGUUACUGGGGUGUAGAUAGUGUUCAGUUCUUUUCCCCCCAGGCUAUUUAUAGUUCUUUGCUGCACUUCUUUCAUUUCAUCUGUACCACUCAAUAUUUUUCAGCAGCACAGACUGAUGGAUUAGGCUGAGGUUCUUAGGCCAGAUCCCAGCUGUUACAACCAGCAUGGUUCUCACACACUGCUCUUGGAGGCUGCAGGUCUGAUUCAUACUGACAGGGGACCUCUUCUUCCAUGUCUCUCUGUGUAACAGUGUAUCUUAAUGUGUUCUUGAUUCUUCUAACAGAGACCAAAAAUUUAUCUAGAAACUUUUUUUUUCCCUGCUAAAGAAACCAGCCCACCUCUCCACUCCCAUCCCUCCGAGCUAUCAGUGGUGAAUUCUGUCUAGACACUUUUAGAAUGUAGGUCAAGUGAGUGAAUGAUGCUAAUUGCUACGUUGGGAGGGAUUUCCACUGAGUAUUUGGGCUCUAGAUUCCAGCUAAUGCCAAGAGGCCAUUGUUCAAAACCCACGCAGCUCAGAACAGAGGAAUACAGAGUAUUUUUAUACUCCUGGUGACUAAAAUAUUUCUUUCUCCAGUCACUAAUUAGAAAGGGAACAUUUUGUAUUCUGAAGGUGAAAUGAUAGGUCAGUACUUUGUAGCUACUAAAGUUGUCCCAGCCUAUAUAACAGUGUCGUGCUAUGAUGUGUUGCUGCUUUGCACUAUCUAGCAUUAAGGUUUGACAACUUUGGGGGUUGCAAAGGGGAAUGAACUGAUGUACGUGUUAAGUAAGGUCUUUACAAAGAAAAUGUAAGGAUUCAAUCCAUCUUGUAGCUUUCUCAUGGCCAAUAAAGUGACAUUGGGCAUUCAGAGAAUUUGUUGAAGGUUGAUCCUGGUUAAUACUGCAUUGCUUGGGUGAUUAGCAUCCAUUGGAGACUCCAGGAUUCAGAGGGAAAUUGGCAUUUGGUUUUCUCAUUUUUAUGUCAGGUGUUUUUCUGCUUUAUCAAGGUGUGUGUGUGUAUAUAUAUAUAUAUAUAUAUAUAUAUAUAUGAAUCAAAUUCCUAUGUAGAAAAAAGUGCAUCAUGCAGGAAACUCAGUUGUGAUGCUGCUUGGAUCUGAUGCUGAAUGGAGUUUGGAUAUUCUUUAUUAGCAGUAGUCUCUUGUCUGCCCUACAAUCAGUCUCCAGAUUCUUCCUCCGAGAGCUGCAACUAAAGAGGUGAGAACAGAACAUGGGAAAGCUAGAUUUGUAGACCUGUCUUACAGAAAGGAUGAAAGAAAAGGCAAGUAAAGGGACUCCUUGCAUCCCAGGGAAGCCUUCUAGUUCUUGGUUCCAUAAAUCAGCAGUAAUAGCCUAAAUCAGCAGUGAUAGUCUCUUUCAUUAGUUCCCUGCUAGGUUUAGGUUCACUCCUGUUCCCCUUGCUCUUUAAUGCUAUGCAGUCCUGUUUAUGCAUACCUGACCUCUAUGUUACAUCCCACUUGACCCUCUAAACAGCAGGUGAAAAUCUUUCUGAGCCUUAGCAGUCCAUAAUGGAGUGGAAGAGAGAGAGGGAGAAGCAGAGGCAGGUAUUGAAUUUUGUUAAACAGAACUCUGCUCAUAUCUGACUUUACCAUAACAGACUUUAAUUCAGUGGUGCUGAUAUAAUGGCAUCUUGCUUUCUUCAUUUGUACAGUUAGAGAGAAUGAUUUUUUGUGUGUGUGUGCAUCUGUGCACAUGUGCAUGGUGAAUGAUGAAAAGGCAUCAAAACCAGAGUUUUCUUCUUGUAGUAAGUGUUGCUAAAUAAAGGCAUCUACCUGAGCACACAGGGCACUUUGGGCUUGGUGCAGCAGAAAGUUCAGGCAUUUCUCUCUGAAACCUGUUCACAUUCCACAUCACUGAGCACUUGUAAAACUGUUGUGUGAAUUGCUCUGAAGACUGUCCUGUGAUUAAUUGUUGACUGGAUGUUGUUGCACUGUGUCAUUUUGUGUGUGUGUGCCUAGAUUGUCUGGCCUUUCUAGAGACCAGUUCUGGCUUGGUACAAAAAACUAAUUAUUUUAUAUUCUGGUAUCAUUUUUGGCCUGCAGAAUUAUGGCUUUGAAUGCUUUUUUUAUUAUUAUUUUCUUUUUUAAGUGGUGUAAAUUGCCUUAAAAGGUGGCCCCUGGGAGCACUGAUGCCCUAACUGCCCUCGGGCACAGUGAGAUGCAAUCCAGGGGAAGCAGUUUCCUCUCAGAGGGUGCUGCAAGUACAUCCCAGUUUCCCUGAGAUUCACUAGACCUUGCAAGGGUAAACUACCUGGUGGUGCCCUCUUGAAGAGAAGUAUCCAUGGCCAAUUCCUUUGCCUUGGGCUGUGCAGAGCAGUCACUCUGCUGUGACACUCCUAGGGCACUUAAGCUGGUGUUUGGCUUUCCCUCUGUUCAUGUGGAUGCAGUAUAGGUUUGUGCAAACAUUUAAAACUGUCUAAGACGACAGGGACAGUGACACCAGUGCAAAAGCACACCACUCCCCCCUCAAAACUCCUCAGUAAACUUCAUUGGGGCCUCUUCUGACUGCAGAUAUCUCUAUUCUCUUGCCAUGUCUAUUUAACUCUGUGUCUGUGUUCAGUGACCUUUCUAUUUUUGUACAAGUGCUGUCAUCUGGAUACAGUCCCACCUGAUUGUUCACACUGCAAACAUGUCCAUUGGGUGGAAAGAAACUGCUGGUUUUCCUUUUUAAAUCAUCUGCCUGAUUCUGUGAGAGAACAGACUACCUGCUUUUUUAGCCUAAAUAUGUAUGUAGUGAAGUAUGUUAUGCUUUUCAUUUCUUGCAAAUAAAUAUUUUCUGUAGAAAAAA